AUGGUCAAAACUACUACGCUACUUCUUCUGCUUUGGCAGGCAUCCGCAUGCCUCGCUGGAUCGAAGCGGCCUCAUCGCCAGAUCCCAUUUUCGUAUCCAACCUCGUCUCCGACACCAGCUUCUUCCUUCGAUCUUGCCUACGAAGAAGCGCAAGAACUGUACGCCAAUGCCGCCUAUGUCGAGGAUGACGAUCCAUCUCCCGUUCCAUCGCUUCGGCUCUCGCAUUCGGGUCUCUACAUUAAUCAGGCGCAUCCUCCGUCAGUCGUCCACCGUCCCGAUCAUUCCAACCAGACCGACCCCUUCCAACCUCAGCCACUCGUCGUUCACUUCGACCCAACAUUGUACGGCGCGGCAAGCGCAAAGGCGUCGCUAGGCCCCGUUCGAUUGAGAACAAGAGACCAAGUUAUGCUGCACUGCGGCAAAGGCUUCGGCGGCAUCGAGGCGUGCGAGCGCGACGAUCUCAACCUAUCUCCUCCCAGUCAUGUUUCCCCUCCGAUAUCGCAUCCUGCAGAACCAGCUGCAACAUGGAUCCAUGCGGCCACAAGCGCUCUGGACUGCGAGGCAGGUCCUCAAUCGCUGCUGCCAGACGGUCGCUUCCAUCUCGAUGAGCGUUCGUGUCCCGGCUGGUCAAAAUAUUGGCAGUCGAUCGAGCAGACACGCAAGGAUUCCUCGCGCGAAGUCCUGCAGAGCUUUGUCGUCACCGUCAAGCUCGACAAGCUGCCCUCGUCGGACGAAACCACGUCCUCGAAAGGCGACAAGGCAGAGCAGCACGUCGAGCAGUUUUGGGUCGGACAUUUGCAUCUGCAAGAGUCGCGUGCGUCUUGGCCUCUUGCCGGCAAUGCACGCGACAGGCGACCGGGUCAAGAGGACAGGACGUGGCAUCCAGACGAUGUCAAUCGCAUCGCCGGUGCUAUGGAGAAUCCGCUCAUUCCCAAGUCGUCGCGCUACGUCAACGACCGCAACUUUGGCGUUUUUGUCGACCAAUCGGCAUGGACGCUCGGUGUUCAGAUCAAGAUCCCCAUGAGCAUCACCAACCCGCGCGAUGACGAUCAAGAGGACGCCAAGAAGCAUCCCGAGCAUGUCCACAACAAGCUCAAGACAAGCAUGGUGCUUCCUCCCGAAGAGGUCUUUGCGCCCGUGUCGGGCCAGGUCGUGUGGGCGAGAGAGUACGUGUUCCGCAGGCCGCCCAUCUACGGUCCUGCAGCCGGGGACAACGACGAAGCAAGCUUUUGUCUCAUGAUCCGUGACGAGUGGUCCAUCGUGUACCAGAUCUUUGGCAUCGACCAAGCCACCGUCACGGUGCAGGAAGGCGAGACGGUGCUUCGUGGAGACGUGCUCGGCCACGCUUUACGCGAAGGGCUGUCCAUCGAGCCUCCGUCCACCGAGCCGCCGGCGGAUCAUGCCACGUUCAAGCCGGACCAGGAAGUGUCGUACUACCCCUACCGCUACCGAACGUUGCAGGUGCGUGUCUCUCGACCCGAUCCUAGCUGGGACGAGUGGAAGGGUCCCGACGAGGAGGGGUGGCGGUACUUCCACCCUCUGCACGCCUUCACCGAGGGCAAAGACUAUCGUUCGGCGAUUACGCCGUACGGCUCGCCGACGAUCGUCUACUUUGCCAAGCCUUCGACGGAUCCGCUCAACAUCCCGCCGAACGCGUAUGCAACGAGCAACGACUUCUGGACCCCCACUCUGCAAGGACCCACCGAGAUCAUUGUCGGCUACGAAUACUUCCAGCAGACACCUGGGGAUCCCGGCGACGGCAUGGACAACCUGGCCAUCUACGCUCUGGACAUUGCCUUCAAGAAGAAGCUCGACGGGCAGAGGGCGCCUCAGCGGGGGAUGGAGUGCGAUCUGGGUGGCGAGACGGAUCCGAGCGGUACGGCCGAGCAGGACAAGAAGUACUGGCGAAAUGUCUUUGAGCAUGCCAAGCUGCCCAACAACUGGUCUGGUUCUUUGCCGCCAGCCUCGGCCACGUCCGUCCAUGCGACUGCGACUGCGAAUGCGAAUGCGACUGGGACCGUGGCUUCUGCUGGUCAGGGCAACGCGACGGUCCGCGACGAUCCGGGCCGAGAGAAAAGCUACCGCUGGACCAGCAAGCUGUUCUCGCACUACGUGGCCGCCUUCUCGUACGGCCGCUUCUUCCCCGAAAAGAUCACGAGCCAGUUCGACGAGAAGGAGAAGCGCCUGUACUACUCGGCGGCGCGGACCGUCCGCGGCGAGCCCAAGAUCGACGGCGCCUUCAACGUCCAGAGCAUCAUCGACCAGGACGGCGAGGACGGAGGACGCGGCAAGUACAGGCUCGUCGUCCGCGCAAGAGACUACUGGGGCAAUGUCGGGUGCAUUGCGUCGGACGUGAUGCUCACGUGA